AAACUUAAGAUUCUGAAUCUUUCUUUUUCAGGAAAGGAGAAACGACAAAUUAGUAAGCUGAAGAAGUUAAAGAGGAGAAUUUCUGCCAGCUUUGGUCGACUAUCUAUUUCCAAAGAGGAUACAAUACACGAAAGUGAUCAAGAGUCUGAUCCAGGAUUUCAAGGAACAAACGGUUAUUCUGUCUUUGAGAAUUCCACAUCCCCACCAAACCUAGCUCUCCAGAGGUGCAGCUACAAAGAUGACUACAUGGGUCCUAACAGCAUCACCCACCCCGCCAACAGACACCCUGACGGGUAUCACACGCUAGGCCGGCCCGCGGUGGUUCCUCGUAGUUCCAGCAAGAAGCAUGCCCCAGUAAAGCGACACCAUUCCGCGGGGGACAUGCUCGAUGGAUUAGAGAUUGAAUCAGGAGUAGACGGACACAGCAAGCACGAGCGGCCCCGAUCCGAGGGCCACAAAUACAUGAACCAGUUCUCACCCAAGAGGACCUCUAGUUAUGGGGGUAACUCUCCCUUUGGAAGAGCAGAUUCCUACCAGAAGCUAGAACAGCUGGGGGAAGGAUCUUAUGCAACAGUAUUCAAAGGAUUUAGUUCAUUAACCAAUCAAGUGAUAGCAUUGAAGGAAAUCCGCCUACAGCAGGAGGAGGGGGCUCCAUUCACUGCAAUACGAGAAGCCUCUCUCCUACGUGGGUUAAAGCAUGCCAACAUUGUGACCUUACAUGAUAUCAUUCAUACCAAGGAAACUCUGACUUUUGUUUUUGAAUUUGUACAUACAGAUCUUAGUCAAUAUUUAGAAAAACACCCAGGUGGUUUAAAUGCAUUUAAUAUCAAGUUAUUUUUAUUCCAAUUGCUCAGAGGCCUAAACUACUGUCAUCAGCGAAGAAUUUUACACAGAGAUUUGAAACCCCAGAAUCUGCUGAUCAGUGAGUUAGGUGAACUGAAAUUGGCAGACUUUGGUUUAGCCCGAGCCAAAUCGAUUCCUAGCCACACCUACUCCCAUGAGGUGGUGACUCUGUGGUACCGCCCACCUGAUGUCCUGCUGGGCUCCACUAACUACUCCACAUCUCUAGACAUGUGGGGUGUAGGUUGUAUUUUCACAGAAAUGAUCUCUGGCAGUGCCACAUUUCCUGGAAUGAAAGAUGCAUAUGAUCAACUAGAUAAAAUUUUCAGGGUGCUGGGAACCCCCACAGAAAACACUUGGGAGGGAGUGUCUAAAUACCCUCAAUAUGACAUCAAAAAAUUUGUCACAUACCCAAAGUUAUCCUCAUUAACUGAGGCUAUUCCAAAAAUGGCAUUCAUCCCCAAUGCUGAGAGCAUCGCAGUGCAAUUCCUUCAGAUGAUUCCUUCCAGGCGAAUCUCCGCUCACAAAGCCCUGCAUCACGACUACUUCGGAGACCUGCCUCCCAAACUGUUUGAACUUCCUGAUGGUAGGUGUAAUAUAUUUCUAUUUGCUAAAGGAAUAUAUGCUGAAAAUGGCCACAAUCACCCAGCCUUCCCAGAUAAUUCAUGGA